UCAUAUUCUAUAUUACAAUGGCUUUGGCAAGUGNCAAACAAGCAAAUGAAGAGAAUGAGCUAAUGCUCGCCCUUCCAAAGGAGAGGGGUUUGUAUGGAGGUCCCUAUCUCCAUCUAUUUCAAGAUUUUUGGUGCCCAUCAUUCUAUUUUCAAGGAGUGAUCAACUUUCAAAAACAUUUUCUUGCAAAAGACAAUGAUGUUUUUGUUGCCAGCUUUCCAAAAUCAGGUACUACCUGGUUGAAAGCCCUUACUUUCGUCAUUGUAAACCAUCAACGUUUUUCCUCUUUUGAGAAUCAUCCAUUACUUUCUUCCAAUCCUCAUGAACUUGUGUCUUCCCCUGAAUUCAUCUUGUCUCAUGAUUUGCAUGACCAGCUUCUUUCCCUCUCCAACAUGACUGAGCCAAGACUUUUUUCUACUCACUUACCAUUCUCUUCAUUACCUAAAACUAUCACAGAUUCCAACUGCAAGAUCAUUUAUAUAUGUAGAAAUCCAUUUGAUACUUUUGUUUCAGCAUGGGAAUUUUCUACUAAAAUAAAGUCAGUGUCUUUACCUGCAUUAACAUUUGAGGAAGCAUUUGAAAAGUUCUGCAAUGGGAUAUCAGGGUUUGGUCCAUGGUGGAGCCAUAUGCUAGGUUAUUGGAAUGAGAGCAUAACUAGACCAGACAAAGUUUUGUUCUUAAAAUAUGAAGAUCUUAAAGAGGAUACAGUGUUUCAUGUGAAAAGAAUGGUAGAGUUUUUGGGCUCUUCUGUCACUAUAGAAGAAGAGGGCACCACAGUGAUUGAAAACAUGAUCAACCUAUGCAGAUUUGAGAAGAUGAAGGAUUUGGAAGUGAAUCAAUCAGGAUAUAUACACAAUAUUGCAGAGAAGAAAAACUUCUUUCGGAAGGGUAAAGUAGGAGAUUGGAUAAAUUAUUUUUCUCCAUCUAUGAUAGAAAAGUUCUCGAAAAUCAUUGAAGAAAAGUUAAGUGGAUCAGGUCUAUCAUUUAAAGUUCAUUCCUAG